AUGGAAAUGAUUUUCAAAGUGUUGGAGUGCACAGACACACAAAAGUUAAUCUAUACUGGAUUUCAGCUACAAGAUGAGGUCGCGGCUUGGUGGAAGUCAACCAAGCCCAAUUUAGAAGUUACUCAUCCCAACCCCACUUGGGAGCAGUUUAAGGAAGUUUUCUUCAGAAAUUAUUUUCCAGAAAGCUUCAGAGAUGAAAAGGAAGUGGAAUUUAUGGCCCUCACCCAAGGAUCAAAGUCAGUGCUAGACUACCAGCAACAAUUCGAGGACUUAUUCCACUUCACCCCAGAACACAUGAGGAGCGAUGCUUGCAAGUCGAAGAAGUUUGAGAAAGGAGUCAAGCCUGAGAUUAGUGUCAUGUUGGCCAUUUUGGAUAUCCAAUCAUAUGCCCAGAUGGUUCAAAAGACCAAGACCAUGGAAGAUCGACUGAAAGAGAAGAAUCCGAUAUUGCAAGGGUAG